AUGAAGGUCUCAGCUCUCUCCGUUGCUCUCGGUGUCGUCGGUUCCGUAGCUGCGUUCCCGCAGUACCUGGAAACCCGCGACACCUGGACCCCUCAGGAAUGGAUCGCUCCUGGUCCAGGAGAUUCUCGCGGUCCGUGUCCGGGUCUCAACACCUUGGCCAACCAUGGCUACCUUCCGCGCGACGGCAAAGGCAUCACCUUGGACAUCCUCAAGGACGGUAUGCUUGAAGGGUUCAACAUCGAGAACAGCGAUGCGGUCCUCUUGUUCCUCCAGGCGGUUCGGACCAACCCAGCCUAUCCCCGGGCAAACAGUUUCGACCUUGACCAUCUAGGCCGCCACAACAUUUUGGAGCACGACAUUAGUCUGAGUCGCUCUGACGCAUACUUCGCCGACCCAAACCCCUUCAACGAAACCGUCUGGGCGGAGACAGCCUCGUACUUCACCACGCCCAUGAUCACCGUGCAACAGGUGGCGGAUGCGCGCAUGGCCCGCCUGGCCACAUCCAAGCGGACGAAUCCCGAGCACUCGCUGUCUGCGCUGGCCGACGGAUUCAGCUGGGGCGAGUGUGCCUCGUUCUUCGAGAUCAUGGCUGACGGCAAGACCGGCACCGUGGACAAGAGGUUCAUCGAGUACUGGUUCCGUAAGUUAUCCUCAUUCGCAUUCGAGAUUGGGAUGUUCACUGCUAAUCAAUCAAUCAUUUCAGGCAACGAGCGCAUGCCGACGGAGAUUGGCUGGAAGCGCCGCACGACCACGAUGCAGGGGAGUGAGCGUCUGCUGUACACGCUAAGACUCAUGAGGGCUGCGGGUGUGUAG